ACGACAUGCAAUGUAAAUAGGGCUAAUCUGCGCUGUACAUUAGGAAACACUUUGCAUGUUGGAAAAGGACGUGGAAGUUGGUUAUAAAGGGAACUGAUCUCAUUGUUUUUGGGUGGGAACUGAGUUAUCAAUAUGCCUCACUCGAAAGCGCAAAAACAGAAAGUUCGAGUUAGCAUGAGUGAAGACACUUGUUCCGACCACGAGGAGGCGGAAAGAGAACAUUUCAUCGCGUGUUGUCUGCCAAAAGGAUGUCCUUUAAAAACUUCAGUCGAUUUGCCGACCUCGGUUCGGGUUAUUUGCAACAACGACGCUUGCCGACAGAGCGGCUAUAUGCAUAGUGAGUGUUUUGACGACUUCGAGGAAGAAAUUCUUGCGUAUUUACGAGGAACAGGUCGAGCACGUAGCUGGUCGGAGAAGCAGAGACGCCAAAACAUAUGGACAAAGAAAGGCUAUGACUUGGCUUACAAGUGCUGCGCUUGCCAAUGCGGUAAAGGGCAUUUGCGAAAGGACCUUGAAUUUGUGCCUCCGAAGCCCGAAGAAGUAGGAGAACUUCAACUACAACACCAGACAAAAGGCAAAAGAAAGAAGAAGAAGAAUAAUGAGAAACCUUCGGUGAACGUCGUUUCAACGUCGAGUCGUCCUCGUAGAAGCUCUCAGUCGUCAAACUGUAGCCAGUUAUCGGAAUCGCCACCGGAGCGAUCGCCGAUUUCACCGCAGCCGAAAACACCAACGAAGAAGACAAGAGCAAAUUCGCAUGAAAAUACUUACCACUUCUUCGGCGAGGCGUUCAAUCAUGGCGCCAAUCAUUCGAACACACUUUCUUCGCACGCGAACGUAUUGAGUACCUUUUUGAAAAGAGCAGAUUUUAGCUCGUUUCAAGGCGUUUUACCCAGGCACAAAGUCAACCCUUAUCACAUUAAAAUGGAAGACGAGAUGAACGACGAAGCGCGUCAUUUUGUCCUAUCGAAUUUGUCGUCUCGCAUGACGUGCACUGCGAGCUGCGUGCUCUGUUGUCGGGAGCUACCAGUUUUCGACAGAUAUCCACUUAUCGACGGAACAUUUUUCCUGACACCGAGACAACUCAACUCGAGCUGCGUAGACGUGUCACAGAACGGUAAAGCGCAGUACCUCUCUGCUGUGUGUCUACACUGUUUGGAAGGUAUUCCCAAUCGUGUUAAGUGUAAACUUUGCAACACAGAGUGGGAUGGAUCCUCUCAUCAGCUGGGCACCAUGUACUGUUACGAUAUAUUUGCUGCAUCUCCAUGUUGUCAGCAGAGAGUGGCCUGUCAUUCUUGUGGAAAACCUGUUGUGGAUCUAAGCGAGGGCAAGAAAUUCUUCUGGGAGUACUCACAGGCAAUGAAGUGCCCCCAUUGUGGAGUGUCAGGUUUUCAUUGUAUAAAGGCUAUUUCGUACUACGAACCACCGGAUCCAAUACGGUAGUCAGAAAUGUGUACAAUUGUUACAAUUAAACACCGUGUUGCGAACAAACCGGAUUAUUUGAUGUUGUGAGUGGCCAUGGAUUAGGUGUGGCUAUGGUCUUCAAUAAUAAAAAAGCAGCACCCAUCCUUGAAUGAGAAAAGAAGCAAAUACAUUGUGAGUUUGAAGAUUAACUCUCAUACUCGGAAAUAGCAAUUGACAUCUGUUUAUUUCAAAAGAACAAUGGUUUAUCAUUCCUGUAUUGUUGUAUUGAUGCCAAAUUGUGAGGAAUGAGGAAGUACAUCAUUACUGCUCAUAAAUGCUUAGUGCAUUUUUAAAAAUGUUUUCACAGAGUACAAUGCAGAACUAAGUCAACCAUACUUGACAGUAGGCAGGCAGAACUGUCUGUAUCACCCUUCCCUGGGUGAAAUGUGUCUAAUGCGCAGAAGCUGUCAGUUUGUUCUUCAGGCUAUUACUUCUAACAAUGCUUUAUGCUGAGAACUAAUUUAAGUGAAGCUGCUUUCUCCCUAGCUCAUUAGAGAAUUCCAUUUAGAAUCUUGGCAAAAAAUUGCCAGAAUUCUACACAAUUAUUACAAUCAUGGAAAGGGUGGCAUACGGUCAAAGUUUCAUGUAUUCUUCCUGCAAGCCUGAAAUUGGAGGUGUUAUAGUUUCAGGGAUAAGCAUUGAUGCAAGUAAUGAAUGAAAGAGAAUAAUAUUUUAAAAAUUGUGUGGUAAAAAAUACCAAAUGCUAUUUUUAAGUUAAGCUCAUGUAACAACUUCCAAUUCGAGUUCACCUUUCACCCAAAUGAGAGACAGAAAUACAUGAUUGUAAUUACAAGUGUAUGCUAAAUGCACUGUCCAAUCUGUGUUAGUUGACUAUAGUAGGCCAGUGAUAUAAGCACCACAACAUCAACUAUGUUUUCUUCCCAGCCUUUCUUUUAUUGCUCACCAAUCUCAUCUGCUCUCAUGUAUGAAAGAAGUUCCAAAGGAUCAGCUGAUAUUAAGACUAUUAAAAUCCUCAGUCUGGCAGACAAAAGUAUAUAAAAGUGGUGUCCAGUUCAAAAAAUCCUAAAACAGCAACAUGAAAAAGCCUGUUGAAAUUUGUACUACAAAUCACACAUUUUAAUGAGAAAAAAUUUCUUACAUUUCAACUUUAGAGUGGCUUGAUGCAAGAGACUUUUAAUCAGAUCUUUAUUCAUGUUCAAAAUUAUUUUGAGUAAAUCAAAGUGUAAUUUAAAUUGUUCAGAUGCCAAGGUAGCAUUAGGUUUCUCCUUAAAGAGAUUUUAUGGAACCCUACAUGGUAAGUCAGGUGAUGCAAGCAUAAUCAAUAUGUGUUUCUUCAACUUUUAAAAACAACCAUAUGAAAACCAUGAGGCCUUGGAACUAGGCAACAUAAGACUUGACUUCCUUUGAUCGUAUAGCCUUUGUUUCUUGUUCUUAAAUAACAUCAAAAAUACUCACUGUAAUAUCUUGUUUAUUAUCUACUGAUAGUCUGUCGUUUUUACUGCUGAAGGAUUUUGGAAGAGCACCACACACCAUACGCUUUUCAGUCAUUGUACUUAAACACCUCAUUGUCGGGUGAAGAUUGCAAAAUUGAACUAAUGUAUAUGUGUAUGUGUGUAUUUGUUAUAAAUAUUGUAAUAACCAUUCAAAAAAUAUUCAUGCAUGAAUUAAAACCUUGCAUUACAUUGA